AUGUGGCUGAUUUGGAUCGCACUAGUGAGCACCCUUGCAGGGGCUGCAUAUGGAGCGGAGGUGUGUUACGGAAGCCUCGGCUGCUUCUCUGAUGACUACCCUUGGAGUGGAAGCUUUGAGAGACCCAUCGCCCGCUUGCCAUGGAGUCCCUCUUCUAUCAACACUCGCUUUCUUCUCUUCACACGUGACAAUCCUUCUAACUACCAGGUAAUCAGUGCAAGCCAGAGUUCCAUUUCUGGAUCAAAAUAUCAAUCGUACAGGAAGACUCGCUUCGUUAUCCACGGAUACAUUGAUAAAGGAGAUGAGAACUGGCUCCUGGAUAUGUGCAAGACCAUGCUGACUGUUGAGGAUGUAAACUGUAUCUGUGUGGACUGGAAGACCGGUGGGCGUACACUCUACACACAGGCAGCCAAUAACAUCCGAGUGGUCGGAGCUCAGGUGGCUGAAUUGGUCGCUGUCUUCAGGGACAACUUCGGUCAGAGUCCUGAUAACGUUCAUCUCAUCGGACACAGUCUGGGUGCACACUGUGCUGGAGAGGCUGGUCGAAGGACUCCAGGCCUGGGCAGAAUUACAGGCUUGGACCCUGCUGAGCCCUAUUUCCAGGGCUGUCCUGAGCUGGUGAGACUGGACCCCUCUGAUGCCCGCUUUGUUGAUGCCAUUCACACAGAUGGUCUCCCAAUGGUCCCUUACCUUGGCUUUGGAAUGUCUGAUCCUGUUGGGCACGUUGAUUUCUAUCCAAAUGGAGGAGAUGAAAUGCCUGGCUGUGACAAGAACUUAAUCUCUCAAAUUGUGGACAUUGACGGCAUUUGGGAAGGUACCCGCGACUUUGCUGCCUGCAACCAUCUCAGAGCCUACAAGUACUACAGUGACACCAUUGUAACCCCCUCUGGCUUCCUGGGAUACCCUUGCAAUAACAACAAACUGUUCCAGUCUGGAGAUUGUUUCCCUUGUGCUGAUGGUGCAUGCGCUACCAUGGGUCACUUUGCUGACACAUACAAAGGUUCAUCAAACCAGAAGUUCUUUCUGAACACAGCCGAUUCUAAACCCUACCCACGUUGGCGCUACAAGGUGACUGUCACUAUUGAUGGCUCUCGCACCAACACAGGAUACUUCAACGUGGCACUGUAUACCUCUUCUGAAAACACUCGCCAGUAUCAGAUUUACAGUGGUACUAUGACUCCUGGUAAGACCUAUGAGCUUCCCAUCGAUGUCGAAAAGGAUGUGGGGGAUGUGACCUAUGUGAAGUUCCUGUGGAACAACAAUGUAAUCAACCCUCUGCUGCCCACCUUCGGCGCAACUCAGAUAACUGUGCAGAGAGGACGGGAUCGCAGAGUGUUCAAAUUCUGUGGAAAGGACCAGGUCAGAGAGAACAUCCUCCAGACACUGACUGCUUGCUAAAUAUGCAGAAGUAUUCAAUAAAUUCUUAACAUUGACUCAUUCAAA